GUGGAUUCCUCGUAAUUCAGUUACACUCAGCAACCCAAACUGAACGUGUUUUGAGUAGUUUGACCUAUUUUCUCAAACUCGAACCCAAACAUCCUCGUUUCGUAUGUCGCACUUUUUCUUCACAAAUAGCACAAUAAAUUCAGAUACAAAACCCAAAUCCUCUAAUUCACCAUUAAAAGCUUCACUUUUUCUUCUAAAACAAAUUAAUCUGAGAUACCCUUUUUCAAUAGCCUUUAAAAUCUAGGGUUUUUAAUUUUUCAUAAAUUAAAAAUAAAAGAAUUAAAAUUUCACUUACCCUCUUCUUCAAUUGUCAUUGCGCGUCUCAAAUUAAUUGAGGGUUUCACUCAGAAAUUCAAUGGGUCGUUCUCGUGGAAAUUUUCACCACGCCGAUGAUGACCCCAGCCAAAGGUCAAGGAGAAAAAAGAAUGCUGCCAGUGGUGAUAAUUUAGAAUCUGGAGCUGCAGAUGCAAAACUGUAAUCGUAUGUUUGGACAUAAGCAAGCAGAUGUUUUGAAACAGAAAUGCAAAUGUACCUUUAAUUAAGUUGUCAUCCACCGAAAAGCAAGUUCUAAAUAUCCUUCUGUAUAUAUUGAAUAAUCUUUAGCUGAAGAUAUGAUAUAUGUCUUGCCGCGGAUUUCUUUUCUUUCCGUUUUCAAAAAGGAAACAGAAGAAAGUUACAGAAUAGAUAAGUUGGAGUCGAAAGUGGUCAAGGAGCAAGUGAAGGGAAAAGGGCUUUGUAUCAUUGCAAUUACUGUAAUAAAGAUAUUACGGGAAAAAUACGUAUUAAGUGUGCUGUGUGCCCAGAUUUUGACUUAUGUAUAGAAUGCUUUUCUGUUGGAGCUGAGGUGACACCUCACAAAAGCAAUCAUCCUUACAGGGUUAUGGAUAAUUUGUCUUUCCCUCUUAUUUGCCCAGACUGGAAUGCAGAUGAUGAAAUUUUGCUUCUAGAGGGAAUUGAAAUGUAUGGCAUGGGAAACUGGGCAGAAGUCGCUGAGCAUGUUGGAACAAAGAACAAAGAAGCAUGCAUAGAACACUAUAGGAAUGUCUACUUAAGCUCCCCGUACUUUCCUCUUCCGGACAUGUCUCAUGUUGUUGGGAAAAACAGAAAAGAACUACUUGCCAUGGCAAAAGGACAGGGCGAUGACAAGAAAGGAGUUUCCAUGGGGGAUCUUAGUUUAAAGGAAGAAACACCCUAUUCUCCAUCUAGAGUCAAAGUUGAAGAUUCUCACAAAACUGGUUCCAAUAGCCGUUUGGCUUCCAAUAUGAAUUCAGGUAAUCUAAAGUCAGAUUCUGCGCCCUCAGGCAACACACAUGCUGCAUCUGCCACUAACCAGAAGGCGUCCAAUGUAGGCCGGGGUAAAGGUGGUCCUGCAAUUGUCAAAAUGGAAGAUUCUCCAGUAGACAGAGAUUUUGGAGGAAAGAAGCCAAAUUCCUCAGCAAAUGAAGGCUCUUUAGUUGAAGCCAGUGGUUAUAACGUGAAAAGACAGGAAUUUGAUCCUGAAUAUGAUAAUGAUGCUGAACAACUACUCGCCGAAAUGGAAUUUAAGGACACUGACACUGAGGAUGAGAGAGAGAUCAAACUUCGUGUGUUGCGUAUCUAUUCCAAAAGGCUUGAUGAAAGAAAGCGCCGGAAGGAUUUCAUACUUGAAAGAAAUUUGUUAUACCCAAAUCCAUUUGAGAAGGAUUUAACUCCUGAGGAAAAGACAAUAUGCAGGAAAUAUGACAUAUUCAUGCGGUUUCAUACCAAGGAAGCUCACGAAGAAUUGCUCAGAACAGUCAUCUCUGAACACAGAGCUCUUAAAAGAAUUGAAGAGCUUAAGGAAGCCCGGGCUGCUGGUUGUCGUACUUCGGCUGAAGCAGAUAUUUAUUUAGCAAAUAAGAGAAGAAAGCAAUCCGAAGAAAGUGCUCGUAGGGCAAGAGAAAAUCCUCAAGUUAUCCCAAACAAUCACGGGGUUCCAAAUGCAUUAAUGUCUCCAGACUCUGCCAGUAAGGAUUUGAGUACUACAAGACCUGCAGGGCCUGCUACUUCAAGUUCUGUCAAUGAAAUGGAUAGAACAGGAUACUAUGGAACAGAUUUACUUUCUGAACCUGAGAAACGCUUGUGCAGUGAGUUAAGGUUGCCUCCGGCCGUGUACCUAAAGAUGCAAGAGCAACUGUCUAUACAAAUGAUUGCCGGCAAUGUCACCUCGAAAUCGGAUGCUCAUCAAAUGUUCAAGAUGGAUACCAUGAAAAUUGACAGGGUGUAUGAUAUGCUCAUUAAGAAGGGAAUUGGUUCACCAUGAGAACUCUCCUAAUCUAUUUUUCUGUUCUAGGCCUCCAUAAUAAUAAUCAAAAUAAAAUUUAGUUGUAUAUCAAAUUAUCAACAUUUCUAGAAAUUUUGAAGUGUUGUAUCAUGCUUUAGUAAUAGGCAGAGUUAGAUAUAGUACUAUACACACAAGUUAAUCCUGCUUUCUGUCUGAACAUUUUCCAUCAAUGAGGGGAGUUGGUAGAAGUGGUGUGUACUUAGCUUCAUAGGGUGAUUGAAGAUUUAUUGCUAAUAUGUAGACUAUCAAUUUUUUUGCUUAAUAAAUCUUCUAUUUACUUA